AGAAAAUCGUCCUCUAUAUCACAAGUAUGAUAGAUAUAUCUGCUUUAGUAUCGUUUUUAGGUCAAAAUCAAUUUAAUCCUUUUAAUUCCCAUAGUUUUAUGGCUUAAAACAGCUUAAUUGCUCUUUUAUUUCGAAAUCUCUUUAUUUCGGCAGCCGUUUUGCCUUUUUUACAUAGUUUUUGAUCUGACGGCUAGCCUUUUUCAAAAUUCCUGCUAGCCGUCAAUUGACGGCUAUUUUUGACGGCUAGCGGGAAACAACCCUGAAAAAUUUGAUGUGCAAUUAGUUUUUACAUUCGUUUUUCUAUUUGGCAGAGUGAUAACCAGUCGAGACUUGUAGUUGAGUCUCUAUCUCAUCAUUCGCAGCUUUAAUAAUGACGCUAUCUGCCCGUAAACAUUUUUAUUGGUUGAGCAGACUGCACGGAUACGAGUGAUUCUGGUUAAUUUGGUAUCGUUUCAGUGAAGUUAAUGGCCUCAAGCCGUUCUCCCUCUAAGCUUAAUGAAACUCUUUCAAAUUUUAUAUACAUAUUCUACGGUAUCAUGCCUAUAUCCACCGCUAAUAUCUUUCAUAUUCAUAACCGUUGACAUACAGUAAACAUAAUCAUAUGUUUUUUGUCGUUAUUUUCAUGGUGACUCUCACGUGUUCUCUUUCGUAAAAUUAUUUUUUCUUCAGUCUUUUGCUGUAGAAUUACAUAGUUUUUUUUGUUUCUUAUAGCAUUUUGUUGGCUUAUUCAUUUACACUUUUCACUUGCUUCGUUUUUAUAGACAUUAAUUCACUAUAAGUGUGAUUUUGGGUGUAGAUAGUUGAGGAAAAAAAGGAACAAGUAGAAUUACUUUAUAAGAGAGAAAUUUAAUAAAUGCCACUAAAUGUCCCGUCACUAGAGAUCUGUACGGGCACGGGCAGGCUUGAGAAAGACAUGUACGGGCAACUGUUCCCGUCGAUGGGUACGGAUUUUUAAAAAAAACAUUUUAAAGUUUUUGAGUAGCAAAAUGGUGCGAAGAUUUGAAUUUUUGAAUUGAAAAUUUUUUUUCUGCACGGGUAGGGAAAAAAAUCCACGGACAGGCACCCUCAAUAGGGCUACGGGCACAGGCAAAAAUAUCUUGCCCGCGCAGAUCUCUACCCGUCACCAUUGUUUUUUUGUAACUUCAUAAUAGAUUGCUUAAAUGAAUCUAAAUUUUUAGUAUAAUGAUAAAGGUUUUAAAAUAUGGAGCAUCUAAUGGUAUGCAUGCUUUGCUUAGUUUAAAGAAGGAUUUUCUGGGAAACGUAGUUUUCCAGAAAACUAGUCACAUUUUGUGAUGGAUUUUGGACUCCAGAUAAAUAAAUCUAGCUUCUCUUAAGGUACUCAACAUAUUUUUAUAGAUAGUAAGGUUUUUCUCAGUAACAUAAUCAAGCAUCCGAUAGUUUCUAUGAAGAAAAAAGCUAUGGGCGUGAGACAUGUAUGACGCUAGAACGAGUGUUUUCUAAAUUCAGGGAAACAAAGAAAUGAUUAUUUCCAGAGCCAUGUUUUCUAACACUAGUAAGCACCUAGUAUCAAUUUUUGGUAACGAAAUCUUCGAGCAUUUACUUUUUUCUGCGAUCAAGUUUUAAAAAGAAACGGAGGUUCCAAAUUAACCGGAAUCACUCAUACUUAUGUAGUAACCAAAUCAUAUGAUUACCGUAUGGUGGGAAACAUAAUAAUAAUAGGAAAUCAAAAUGUUGUCUAAGGCUACGUUCACACUACAAAGUUUUCAGAGUUAACUCUGAGUUAACGUCGAGACCGUUCACAUCUAAAUCUUUAAUACAUCAACAAGAUUUUGACAUUUCCCCUGAAAUUGUGUUGCUUCCUGGUUUCAGUACUUCCAAAGGUCGCGGCUUGCUAACAGCCGGCCGACUUGAAUUUACGCUCUACAGUUGCCUUACCGAAAAAUUGAGUAGAGAGUCAUAUGUUUGUUUCCCCAUAGAGAUAGUUACCUCCCUUGUCUAAUGGAACCACAUUAUUGUUUACUGAGCUCAUUUAUGACUGGAUAGUUAAAAUUACAUGAUGUCCGAAACAUCAUUUAAUUCAGAGUUAACUUUCUGAUCAAUCAGCUUCGUUUUAGCACAUUUAACUUUUGUAAUGUGAACGGAGCCCAAGAAAAAGAGAUAUAGUAUGAGUCUCACUAAACUAAGUAGUACUGUUUUUGUGGGAUUGAGUUAUAUGUACAGCAAGAUGCAUAUUAUAUAUCUAUAUAUUUUAAGUCCUAUUAUUCCUAAAAGGAUUUUUUCGCUUUAGCUCAUCAAUUUAAAGCAUCUGUACUGAAUUUGUACGUCUCUUAAUGUAUAAUAGACCCAUCACAUAUACAGAAUAUUCUGUCCUAUCGUUUUUUUGUCUAUGUCUGUUUUAGAUGCAUUAUGAUUCUUGGUUUGAUCAUGAAUGUGUUCAAUCUUCAAAAUUGUUAUCAAAUAUUCAGCAAUCACCGCAAAUGCCCUGCGUGACACAACCACCAUCGUCAUUACUCUCAUUUCCUUCAAGAUCUAAACGAAAGCAACAGUCUUCAGUAUUAAAAUUAAGUGAUGUCGCAAAUUCAAAAUUUAAGCCUAAUGACCUGCAACGUAAUGGAUUCUCAUUACAAAAAUCCUCAACACCAGAAUUUCUGCUCAAACCAUUAUCCUCUGGACUUCCACUAAGAAGAGAAAAUGGUUUAUCUGUUCCACAAACUACUUCAGCAACAUCAACUUUAUCGAUUAACGUGUUAAAAAAUCAUUGUGCAGUGAUCAAUUGCAGAAGCCAGUACUCCGAUAAACAGAAACACUUUUAUUUUGUUCCUUUUCCAUCGAGUACUCCUGAACUAGAAAAACUCAUACGACAUAUGAAAAUAAAUAGUGAACGACUCCAUGAUGAAUCAACAGGUGUUUAUAUCUGUUCAAGACAUCGCUACCCACUUUAUUUACAUACUCAUCGGAAGCCUGGAGCACCUGUAAUGCCCUCAAACACUCUUGGUAUUAAAAAUGGUAUUGAUCAUGUUUUAUUUUUACCGAAACCGUGGCAUACGUUGUGCUGUAUGAAUGGAUGUAUAAACAAUGAUUUAGUACAUCGUUUAUCGUCAGCAACAUUUGUCCGAGUUCCAAGAGUUCCUGUAAUUCAACGUAAUGCAUUUUUAUGUUUGAUUGGAAAUACCAAUAUUGAUCAGGACGAAUUCUUAGUGUGCGACAAACAUUUUCCAAUGUCAAUGAGACAUAAUAAUGUGCUUACAUCUUUAGCUGUACCAAAAAGAUGUAUCAGUCAAAUAAAUCAAAAGUCAGUCGCCAGUAAACUUGAACACACAUCACCAAGAACAAUACCAAUGUCACCCUCUUUCGAGCAACAACGAUACAUUAAAGAUAAAACAAACACUCGAAAAAAAUUAUCUGAAUGGGCAUCAUUAAAAAAUACUCGUUCAACUGCACGAAAUAUAGAUCCACUAACAGUUGCAGUCGUUAAUUAUACCCAUCCAUAUGAUUCCGUCGUUACUUCUGCUGAGUCUGGUAUUGCUCAAAACUGUUCCUUAUCAUCAUCAUCAUCAGUAUCAACAAGUAGUAUGCCAUUUAACUCUACGGUAUUGACAGCUCAUCAAGCACAGUCUUCAACACCUAGAUUUAUAUUGUCAUCAAGAAAACACUGCCAAGUUAAUCGUUCAAUAGCAACAACGCAAAAACAAGAAACAUUUCUACCUCUUUCACCUACUUCACCUACAUCAUCUCGUUGUAUGCUUCUGCUUCCAGCUCAAAUGCAACCAUCAUCGAUUGAAUCUAAAUCUACUCAACAUCAAAAUAAUACUAAUGAUAAUAUUAGAAAUACAACAUAUUCAUUGACGCCCUCCCUCAUUUAUCCGAUGCAAAAAAGACUACGUACAAUUCGACCGAAUUUCACGCAAGUGUCACCACCGCUAACAACAGACGUGUUGGUGAAUAGUAAUAAUAAUAAUAGUUUGUCAUUUCCAUCAAAUAGUAUAGUAGAAAAUUUACGUACAAGAGUCGAUAGAAAACGGGCUCAUACUGGUCAACAAGUAAAAAACUCAUGUCUCUAUUCACGACCAUUAGUUGCGAACAUUGAUGUAAAUCAAUCAGAUGAAAUAACGACGUUGAUACCAUUGAACCGCACUACUCCUUUUUCUCAUCAAUUAUUAAAAACAAAUUCAGGCGAUCAGAUAUCAGCACGAGUUAAAAGUAAACGUCAACGAUUUCCCAAACGAACUAACAUAACGUCAUCAGAUAAUGAAUACAGUGAAGUAACAGGAAGUGAUCAUCGAGAACAACCAACACAAAGAUUACUGUCAGUAUCAUUGAAUCAUUAUCAAUCUGUUGAUGCAAUUAAUAGCCUCACGUUACCAGAAAAAAGUUACUAUGAAAUAGAGGCAAACAAGAAUGGUGAACAACUAGAAGUGAAUUUGCCUUAUCAGGACAAACAAACAGAUUUAUUACCAUCAUUAGAAAUAAAAGGUGUUUUAUGUAAAUUAUGUCGACGAAAUUUUGAUAUGGUUGAAACUUAUAAUAUUCAUUUAGCAAGAAAGAGUGUCAUCAUUCAAUAUUUUUGCUUGGCGUGUAAUACAAAUAUAUGUACUUUAAAUCCUUGUCAAGCAUAUAAUCAUUUAAGUUGUCAUAUUGGAUUGCAAGAUUUAAGAAUUAAAGAAUUAAAAUUUAAGCAACUACAGUUUGAAACAAAACAAUACUUUACUCAAUUGAAAACAAAUGAUGAUGAUGACGAUGAUGACAAUGAAAAUGAGAUGUCAGUACCAUCUUGGAAAAAUAAUAUAUCUGGACAAAAGAACAUCGAUGAUCGUUAUACUGAUGUUAAAAUUCCAAUGAGAAUAAUUUCUGAGAAUGAUAUUCAAUUAACAAUAUCUGAAGAGCAAGCGAUACAUAACAUACCUAAUAAAACCAUCCAUCGAACAUGUAUGUUAUUUAAAUGA